AUGGCAGCAACCGCUUUUCUCCCUCGCCUCGCCUCUCCUCUCUCCCUCGCCGCUUCUCGCUGGGCGACAUUCUAUACCACGCCAUAUACCCUGAAAUUUCUUCCCUCACUAUCAAUCGCAAUUCCCGGCGUCACCAUCAACAUUCCCGGCCUGCUGGGCGACAUUUGGGAAUCGGUCCUGCGGGCAGUACCCAAGAACAAGGUCUCUCACUCAAAAAAGAGAUCGAGGCAGAUGGCUGGAAAGGCUUUGAAAGAUGUCAACCAUCUGUGCAAGUGUCCCGGCUGCGGAGAGAUCAAGAGGACGCACAGGUUAUGCCAGCACUGUCUUGAAGCUGAUGAGAGAUUGCUUGCAGCCCACAUUGCAGACAUAUUCUCACUGGCAGCAUCACCAAAGACGCUGCUCUCAGCGAGUGGCUCCUCAACGCUUCAUGUACACGAUACCACUGAUCCUUCUUACCCUCUGAAGCAGUCCAUCCCCGGUGCCCACAAACUAGGCUGCCACCACAUCUGCACAUCGCGCAACGGCCUCUACGCCGCCAGCGCGGGCUUUGGGGGCGAGGUCAAGAUUUGGGAGUAUAACAAGGAGACGGGCGAAUGGAACGACGGCGGAGAGGUCACAGGCCCAACGGUGAAGCCGGGCGAAGUAUGGGCGAUUGCUCUCAGCGAGGACGGAGGCUAUCUGGCGGGCACCACCAACGAUGGCCGGAUCAACGUGUGGGAUGUGGCAGAUCGGAGCAGAGCCAAGAUUAGGGAAUACGAAACCGGCAGCGCAGGCUCCGGCAGCUUUGGCAUGUGCGUGGAUCUCAGUAAUGAUGGGAAAUUCACGGCAAGCGGGCAUCAGAAUGGCUCUGUCUACGUGUUCAACAAUGAUACGGGGAGAAUUCUAUACUCCCUGUCCGGUCUCGCAAAGCCCGUCCGAGCAGUAGCGAUAUCGCCUGCUGGUACUCGAGUGGCCGCGGCGGGUGAUGCAGGUAUCAUCGCCAUUUACGAUACAAAGCACGGCGAACACGUGGGCAAUCUUACGGGACAUUCAUCAUGGAUCACGUCACUCGACUGGAGUGAUACUGGGGAAUACCUCCUUAGCGGCUCGAUGGAUGGCAAGGUGAAAGUGUGGUCAAUUGAGCGAGGCGUUUGUGUUGCAACGCACAGUGAGACAGACAAGGCUUUAUGGGCCGUCCGAUGGCUGCCCAAGACUGGGCGCAGUGAAAUGUUCUGCACUGCUGGCGCAAAUAGGAGCCUUUCAUUUUACAGAGAGGCAACGGGAAGUUGA